AGACAAGCGCCGUGGAAGCAACAAGCAGAGAAUGAGUCGCCGGCUUCCGGAACCGGACACAUAUUGCCUGUGCAGGUCUUGCGGGGAGUAGCUGGAUGACAUGGGCAUUCAACUAGGACAGCUGAGUGCCUCCCUUUGGCCUCUGUUUGUGAUCCUGCUCCACGAUGCCCCUUGCUACCGGGGUCGGCCUUUCGGACAGGACACAGUCAACGUGGCAGUAGUAUUCAGCGGAUCCACCUACCAGGUAGAGAUCAAAGGACGGUUGAGCCGGGAGAACUUUCUGGAUCUGCCUCUUGAGGUAAACCCCAUCACAGUGCUGGUGAAUGACACAAACCCUCGGGCCCUGCUCACCCGCAUCUGUGACACACUGGCAGCCCACCAUGUACAUGGAGUGGUCUUUGAAGAUAACAUCGGCUCUGAGGCUGUUGCUCAGAUCCUGGAUUUCAUCUCCACACAGACAGCAGUGCCCAUCGUGGGCAUCAGUGGAGGAUCAGCUGUCGUUCUUCCGCACAAGGGUGAUGGCUCGACAUUUCUUCAGCUGGGCUCAUCCAUAGAGCAGCAGAUUACUGCCAUGUUCAAGGUGAUGGAGGAAUAUGACUGGGGUAACUUUGUGGUGAUCACCAGCCUAUAUCCUGGUUAUGAGACCUUUGCGGACUAUAUCCGCUCUUUCACGGACACCAGCUAUUUCCUAUGGGAGCUGCAGGAUGUACUGACCUUCGAGAUGUCAGAGGGGGCCGACGACAUCCGCACUCGUCGUACGCUGCAGCAGGUGGAUGCCCAGGUGCUGCUGGUAUACUGCUCCCAUGAGGAGGCAGACUACCUGUUCACUAUGGCGACAGAGGCUGGGCUGGUUGGGCCAGGCUACAUCUGGAUCAUCCCCAGUCUGGCUGUGGGGAACCCUGAUGUGAUGCCCCCAGACAGUUUCCCCGUGGGCCUCAUCAGCAUUGCUACGGACAGCUGGAAGAAGAGCCUACGUCAGCGUGUGCGGGACGGGGUGGCCAUCGUGGUCAAUGGUGUGGAGAGCUUCCGAAGACACCAGGGGUUUGUCCCAGAGGGUUACAGCGACUGCCAUAGCCCUAUCCAACAUCCCAACAACAACACCCUGUUCAGACACAUGUUGAAUGUGACAUGGGAACACAGGGACUUGUCCUUCAAUGAUGACGGCUACCUAACCAAUCCCUCCAUGGUGAUCAUAACUCUGGAUAGAGAGCGACAGUGGGACAAGGUGGGGAGCUAUGAGAUGGGUAUCCUCCGGAUGCGUUACCCUGUAUGGCCACGCUACGGCAGCUUCCUGGAACCCAUGUCCGACAACCGGCAUCUGACUGUGGCAACUCUAGAGGAGCGGCCCUUCGUAAUUGUUGAAAGUGUGGACCCUGACACGGGCACCUGCGUGCGCAACACAGUUCCCUGCCGUCGCCAAUCCAAUAGGACAGAGAUGAUUGCAGGUCAUUCAGAACCAUACACCAAACUUUGUUGCAAGGGCUUCUGCAUAGACAUCCUUAAGAAACUCUCUCGCACCAUAAAGUUUUCUUAUGAUCUCUAUCUGGUCACCAACGGCAAGCAUGGAAAGAUGGUCCGGGGUGUCUGGAAUGGAAUGAUUGGAGAGGUGUUUUAUAAGAGGGCCGAUAUGGCCAUCGGAUCCCUUACUAUCAAUGAGGAGCGCUCCGAAAUUAUUGACUUCUCUGUGCCAUUUGUGGAGACUGGAAUCAGUGUCAUGGUGGCUAGGAGUAAUGGGACUGUGUCCCCCUCGGCUUUCCUUGAGCCAUAUAGCCCUGCAGUGUGGGUCAUGAUGUUUGUCAUGUGCCUCACGGUGGUGGCUGUUACGGUCUUCAUCUUUGAAUAUUUCAGCCCCGUUGGAUAUAAUCGCAGCCUUGUCAGUGCCAAAGCUCCUGGUGGGCCCACCUUCACCAUUGGGAAGUCGGUCUGGCUCCUGUGGGGAAUUGUCUUCAACAACUCUGUCCCCAUUGAGAACCCCAAAGGCACUACCAGCAAGAUCAUGGUCCUUGUGUGGGCUUUUUUUGCUGUCAUUUUCCUGGCCAGCUACACUGCUAACUUGGCUGCCUUUAUGAUCCAGGAACAAUACAUUGACACAGUCUCUGGGCUCAGUGACAAAAAGUUCCAGAAGCCUCAGGAGCAUUAUCCUCCAUUUCGGUUUGGCACGGUCCCCAACGGGAGCACUGAGAGGAACAUUCGCAGCAACUAUCCAGACAUGCAUGCUCACAUGAUGAAGUAUAACCAGAAAGGAGUAGAGGAUGCCCUAAACAGCCUCAAAUCAGGGAAGCUCGAUGCCUUCAUAUACGACGCAGCAGUGCUAAAUUACAUGGCUGGCAAAGAUGAGGGCUGCAAGCUGGUCACCAUUGGCAGUGGGAAAGUAUUUGCAACUACAGGCUAUGGCAUUGCUCUGCAGAAAGACUCGCGCUGGAAGCGCCCCAUUGACCUGGCCCUACUCCAGUUCCUGGGAGAUGGAGACACCCAGAGGUUGGAGACAGUAUGGCUGUCAGGCAUCUGUCAGAAUGAGAAGAACGAGGUGAUGAGUUCCAAGCUGGACAUCGACAACAUGGCGGGGGUUUUCUAUAUGCUGUUGGUGGCCAUGGGCCUGAGCUUACUUGUCUUUGCCUGGGAGCACCUGCUGUACUGGAAGCUACGCCACUCUGUUCGCAAGUCUGACCGUCUGGAUUUCCUGCUCGCCAUCAGCAGGGGCAUAUAUAGUUGCUUCAGUGGAGUAGAGGAUCCUGACCGGUCUGUGAACAUCCAGAACCCUGAUGUCACCACCAACUAUGCCCAAGCAAACAUGCUAAAGAUGCUCCAAACUGCCAAAGACAUAGUAUCCUCGGCCAAAGUGGAGAACUCCCUGGAAAAUGCCACCAAGACCAUUGAAAACUGGAGUCGACACAAUGACAUCAAGGGUGCCCUCCAACCCAGGGUACCACAGGCAGCCCCAGGUGAAGUGGCACCAGGACGCUGCCCCUAUAUUUCCAGCAUUACUGACAACCACUUGCCCUUCUCACAGUGCCCCCUGACUCCCACAUUUGCUGUGCAGUGUGGCGAGAGUGCCAACCAGCCGCUGCUGGAGCAGCAGAGGGUGGUGCCACAGCAUGGCCCAAUCCACUACACGAUUCCCAUUCAUGGCAGCCGGCCCUACAACAGGACACUGCCCAUUUCCAGCCUCAGUAGCCCUGUAAUUAUCUCAAGGAACCCCGUGGCUGCCACUCCAGAUCCUCACCACAGUGGUGGGUUGUUUGUAGAUUCACGGCAUGAUGGCUCCACAUUCAUUCCGUACACAGAGGUUCAAGUGCCAAACCUUUAUGUGGAACGUAAAGAGCCUGCUUGCCACAAGCCCUCAUCUGAUGGCCCCAAGCGCAAGAAACGAUCUCAUAGUCACCUGGAUGAGUCCUCACGGCCGAGGCGACGGUACAACUAUGGGGAGCGGGCCAUGAGUCUCUCUGAACUGAGAGCUAACCACCUCAUGGACACCCAUGACCCUGCCACCCUGGGUGGUGUGAACAGCCUCUACUCAAAGGGUGGUGGCAGUUGCAGAUCCUGUGUUAGACCUUACUUGGAGCCAGAGCAGGAUGAUGUGCCUCUCUUGGGGAAGGAGAAGCUCAAUCGAAGGGCCUCAUUCCUUAAGGCCACCUGGGGAGGUGACAGGAUCUGCCAACUAGACGAGGGACCCCCUGCCUUGCCAGACCUGUUUCCACGUGCAGAAGCUGCCCAACCCACUAAGCUGUAUGGUACUGUGGGGAGAAGCCUGUGCUACCCGCUACCCAUGAAGCAGACCUACCUCCACUCAGGCCACCACAUCCCAUACAAGGGGCAGAGGCUGAAGUACUCACAAUCCGCCCGGCUGCCCUCUUAUCGGGAAGCAGUUUUCCAGAACACAGCUGCCCUCCGCAGGUCCUCCACCAUGCUGCACAGACACUGUGCCACCUACUUGAACUCCUACGGAGAGCUCCCACUAUACAUUGGACCAUCCGCUGUUUAUGAGCAGCCCAAGGAGAUGUGCCCCCUUUUCUCGUGUGUAGGCCAUUACCCUGAGGGCACAGCCGCUGUGCCCAGACAAGUGACUUGCCAGGAUGGUGUGUAUGGGGUGUAUGCUGACCCAGGGCGAAUUCGGGAGGAGCCUGCACUGACUGUGCCCCACAACAGAGACAAGAGGCGCAUGGUGGUUACUCAGAAGGUCACCAGUUCAUAUGUGCCAAAGAACUGGAGCAGGGUCUCCAGCCUGGAAUCUGAGGUUUGAGCACCUUAGCUCUUUCUCAACAUCUUCAGGCUGUGAUGCCGCUUGUAAUGGAUCAUUUCAAGAGAUGAAUGACUCUUAACUGACACUCAGCCUUCUCUCAAAGCAAAAACAAUUGUGUGAGGACUGAAAAAUUGUUUACUUUGUGCAAUAAUGUCUUGGCUGCAGGGAAGAAGGAGACACUUUUGUGUAGUCAUAGCUGAAACAAAUCAACUUGACUUUAAUAAGGAAUAAAACAAUAGUGAAUAGUUCUUAGUAUCUUGCAAUUAAAGGGUUGUUAUUUAUCCAUUAACAGCAUUCAGUUUUGUUCACUGGAGGCUUCCAAUACAUUAGGUCAUGCACAUUGACAGAGGGCUUCUGAAUGCGAAAACAACUUUGAUUUUUUUCCAAAAAAAGGUUAAACAUUCUUGCACUUAUUCAGACCUGACUAUCACCGGUUUGUUAAAUUCUUUUAGCAAAAGUACUGGCCAUGAACUUUGUAAAUUGUGGACAGGGGGACAUUUUUACUUGAGGAUUAUUCUCCUGCAAAGGCUCUUUGUGACUGAUUUAAGUUUAAAGCUAUUAUUCCAGCACAUAUGUUAGUGAGGCUCUUCCACUUGUUAAUAAAUAAUGGACUCAUCUUAGAAGUCCUUCUGGUAUUUUUCUUGGGUAACUGAGGCAAGACUGUGAACAUACUCUGUUAUAAGCAGUGGAAACAGAUUAGGAGCUAUGUAAUAUAAAGAGGAAAGAUAACAAUUAGAAAUUAAAUUGUGCAGAAGCUUCUGAAGUUUUUUUAGUACAAGGGGCAGGAAGACAAUGUACUGUAUGAACAGAAGCUGAAUUUUUGAAAGCCCAUGUUACCCUAUUAGAGAACCUUAAAAGAAUCUCAUCUACCCUAUAAGGUAUUAUCAACCUGAUAUAGUAGAUUGCAACAAGAAUAUAACCAUGUCAACACCUGCUUGUCCUGGGUGGAGUUGCGGCGAGCUGGAGCCAUACCCGGUAACAGAGAUUGCAGGGCCGAGGACGGAGGGGACACACCCCGGAUGGGACACCAGCCCGUUGCAUGGCACCCCAGGCAGGGCUCGACCACCAGGCCCGCCAUACAUUCGGCACAGGCCAAACCCGUCAUGCCACUGCGUCCCCCCGAAGAAUAUAAAGGCCAGUUAAAAACUGAACAGACAAGCUGUCAGAAAGAAGGCAAAAAAAUGAAUUAGAACAACAUUUGUGUUCCA